UGACUCGAGAAGCCCGUCAUUAAGGACUGACGUGGAAGGAAGAUAAGGGGACUCUCCACACGCAGGGCGGUGAGAAAACACCGUCACUGAACUUUACUCACGUAGUUCCCUUCGACAUCAGGAGACUAAACGGACGGAAUGGCACCAAAGUACACAGAUCUAGAACUGGCCAUCAACACCAUAGUAACCCAGUUCCACGAAGCCUCUGCUAAUGACGGUGCCACUCUGACAGUAGAGGAGUUCCAGGGCAUGCUUUCCAAAGAACUGCCUACAGUGACUCCCAAGGACCAGGAAGAUCUUACCAAGAUGUUGAAGGAGAUGGAUGUGACAGAGGGGCAAGGUGUCACCUUUGAGAACUUUUGGAAGCUGGUGAAUUCCCUUGCCAGCACUCAGUUUGGGCUGCUUCAGAAAGACAAAAGUGUUAAAUGCGCUUGCCUGUUACUCUGAAAACCAGGCAAGUGAAUAACCUAAGCAAAGAGUUCCCACCAGCCCCUCCCACUCCAUGUAGGUGUAAUGCUAUCACAGCAGGCUCCUGUUCAGACUUCCUCUGCCUUAUCAUUAAAAUGUUAUCAGAUUCUCUAGAUAAAAUCUCAGCCACACCUGUAACUGAAUGGCGAAACACUGCCAACAUUGUAAGAGUCACAUACACAUGACUGACAAAUAUGUGAAGAAGCAGCUUUUAUAUUUACUAAUAUGCUUUGGUGCUGCAGGUUUGUUGGUUACAUGUUUCCGAUUUAACCUUCUCAUCAUAAUAUUUUUGUACAAUGAUGAUAUCUGCAAUAAUUAUUAUGUUGUAUGACACUGUUUUUUGACAACUGUCUCUUUUAUACAUACUAAUACACUUUUGUACCAUGGUAAAAUAAUAAAUAGGUAUGUAAAGUAAUACAAAUGUUGGCAUCCAGUAAAAUGGCAAGAAAAUAUAUUGAAAUAAAUACAGAAACAUUCA